CAAAGGUCGGACAUCUAACAAGGAGCCUAGCUUCUGACACGUGGCAACAAAGAGGCUUGAUUUCGAAUUUACAAAAGUACCCCUAUAAAACCCACGAAUUACAGCACCUGCCGCUCCAUUUAAAUUUUCAAAAACCCUCGCUCUCCCGCGGCUAUAUAAGUAGCGAGCGGAGGAAUGGGUCUCGCUCCAUCGCGCUGCUUGUUUCGUCCCCGAGCUCCAGCGAUUUCCGGAGAGAGGAGAGACUCGAGGAAGAGAGAGAGGUGCGAGGGAGACGAGAUGCAGCACACGUCGAGGAAGAGAGGGGGAGGAUCGAUCCACAGAUCGAGGAAGAGGGAGCGAACCAUCUCCUCUUGCACCUCCCCGCGCCUCUCGUUCCUCUCCCCCCAUCCCACCUUCAACUGUGAGAACAGGUACGAGUUGGACGUGUGGACGGAGGUGGCGAGGUAUUUGGACGGCAAGGAUCUGAUCCGCCUGGCGCUGGUGAACCGCUGGUUCCACCGUCUGAUCGGCGAGGAGACCAUAUGGAAACACGUGUGCCUUCGCGAUCUCCAGGUCCCCACUCCCCAACACGUGUCCUUCCCCUGGAAGCAGAUCUACGCCUCCGCUCUCGAUGGGAGCCACUCCUACUGUUUCCGUCAGAGGGAGAAGCACCUCGAUUGGAUGCGGAUCGGGUCGUUCUUCUUGGACUCGCCGUUCGUGCUAUUGACGGAGACGUUAGCGCUGCCCAAGAAGCUGCCCCAGCCCGGGGACGAUCCGGAGCGGUCGAUCCAGAUCACCGGCACGUGCCUGUUAACCAACGCCCGCACGGGAAUCUGGAUAGCCGAUCUGCAGCUCGUGCGGUGCCCCGUGUGCAACCUCAAUACGUGCGAAGGGACGAUGCAGGUACUGGACGCGAGGCACGCGGAGCUGUUCCUGGAGGAAGGGUACAGGAGAGGGAGCUGGGAGUACGAGGACUUGGCAUUCCACCGCAUUGAGAAGCCAUCGACCGCCGCCGUCGGCGGAAUCUUCGACCUCACGUAUCUCUCUUCCCUCUCCACCGCAGGGGUCUUGGACUGGAAGUCGUGGAUUGGUCAGCCCAACGACUGGCAGCCGAAGGCGAGGCUGGCCAUCCACGCCGUCGCCGUCAACACCAAUCUGCAGCCCAACGAUGGACUCCACGUGAGAUUUCAAGCUAUGAGGAACGGCAGCGGAGAUGGAGAGGUGGUUUCCAUCAGAAUCUCCCAGCAGCUCAUUUAAGAGCUCUUACCAGAAACAAAUUUAGGUUCGUUCUUAACUUGCAUUAAUUUUCGCAUAUGUUUAGUAUAUUUUGUCUCCCAUAAAAAAAAGAUA